GAGCUGCUGGACAUGUUCAGACUUCAGUCCUGUCACUACUGAUCCUUCUGCUGUGUUAAACCUCAGACAUCACCAGAAAUGGAAGGGCCAAACAAAAGUGAGGGAGCAGAGGGAACAUCCAAAAAUGGUGCUACAUCUGUUACAUCUGUGGCUGCACAAGUGCCAUUUCUCCACCUCUGCACAGUUCUGGAGAGAAUUCAAAAAGCAAAGUCCCGGCCCGAUAAAUCCAAAUGUUUAAAGGAUUUUAUUGAUUCCUGGAGGAAAUUUCAUGCUGCCCUUCACAAAGAUAAUCCCAGCACGACAGAUUCUUUCUACCCAGCCAUGCGUCUUAUAGUUCCUUCAUUUGAAAGGGAGAGGAUGGCCUAUGGGAUUAAAGAAAACAUGUUAGCUAAACUCUACAUUGAGGUUUUAGGUCUUCCGAAAACUGGGACAGAAGCCAACAAACUUCUUAAUUACCGGGCACCCACUACAUCCAAAGGAGACGCAGGAGACUUUGCCCUUACAGCUUAUUUUGUCCUCAAAAAGAGAUGCACGGGCCAGGGUAAUCUAAGCAUCAAAGAGGUCAAUGACUUCUUGGAUUCAGUAGCCAUCAACAACUCCAGCAAACAAAAAGAUCUUGUGAAGAAAAGCCUAUUACACCUGAUAACUCAGAGCUCUGCUUUGGAGCAGAAGUGGCUCAUUCGUAUGAUCCUCAAAGACAUGAAACUUGGAGUAAGCAAAGAAACGGUGCUCCAGGUUUUCCACCCAGAUGCUCCAGAGCUAUACAACGUCACUACAGACCUGGAUAAAGUCUGUAGGCAGCUACAUGACCCUUCAAUCUCUUUAAACGAGGUGUCCAUUAGCCUCUUUUCCGCCUUCAGACCUAUGCUGGCAGCUGUUGCCAACAUCCGCCAAAUUGAAAAACAAAUGGGCAAUCGGCCCUUCUACCUCGAGACCAAGUUGGAUGGUGAGCGGAUUCAGAUCCAUAAGGAUGGAGAUGUGUACAAGUACUACACCCGAAAUUCAUUUGAUUAUACACAACAAUUUGGGGCUUCACCACUAGAGGGUUCCCUCACACCAUAUAUCCACAAUGUUUUUAACUCUCACGUGGUCAACUGUAUCUUGGACGGAGAGAUGAUGGCUUACAACCCAACCACAGAGACUUUUAUGCAAAAGGGCAGCAAAUUUGACAUCAAGAGGUUGGUAGAUGACUCUGAGUUACAGACAUGUUUUUGUGUCUUUGACGUCUUGCUUGUCAACGACCAGAAGUUUGGUAAUGAACCACUAAAGAAGCGAUACGAGACCCUUCAGACGGUCUUCACACCCAUUAAAGGUCGAAUGCAGCUGGUGCCAAAAACGGAAGCUAAUACCAUGCAGGAGGUGGUGAAUGCCCUCAACGAUGCCAUCGACGAUCGAGAAGAAGGAAUUAUGGUUAAAGACCCAAUGUCCAUCUACAAGCCAGAUAAACGUGGUGAAGGCUGGCUGAAGAUCAAACCUGAGUAUGUCGAUGGCCUGAUGGAUGAACUGGAUUUGCUUAUUGUAGGUGGCUACUGGGGGAAAGGCAGACGGAGUGGAAUGUUGUCUCACUUCCUCUGUGCUGUCGCAGAAACACCAAGUCCUGGAGAGAAGCCCACCGUGUUCCAAACCCUUUGUCGCAUUGGAUCAGGCUACACCAUGAAGGAACUCUAUGAUCUCGGUUUGAAACUUGCAAAACAUUGGAAAGUCUAUCGCAAGAAUGACCCUCCAGCAGCCAUUUUAUGUGGAACGGAGAGGCCUGAGGUCUACAUCGAGCCAAGAAACUCUGUCAUCAUUCAAGUCAAAGCGGCCGAGAUUGUAACCAGUGACAUGUACAAAACAAACUGCACUUUGCGUUUCCCCAGGAUCGAGAGAAUCCGAGAAGACAAAGAAUGGUAUGAGUGCAUGACCUUGGAUGAACUAAACCAGUUCCGUGCUAAAGCCUCAGGUAAGCUGGCAUCCAGGCACCUGAGCAUCAAUGAAGAUGAGCCAGACAGGAAGAAAAGAAAACUUGCUCCAAAGGCCAAAAAGACCAUCGGCAUCAUCGACCACUUCAAGUCUCAAGACCUGUCCACUGUCACCAAAGAGACAGACAUGUUUGAAGACGUAGAAUUCUGUGUAAUGAGCGGAACUGACACUCAUUCCAAGGCCGAGCUUGAAAAGGCCGUGGCACGCUGCGGAGGCAUCGUGGUACAGAACCCUGGAAAGGACACUUACUGCGUGAUUGCAGGCAUCGAGAACGUGAGGGUGAAGAACCUCAUUGGUUCAGAUCAGCAAGAUGUGGUGAGGGCCUCCUGGCUCCUGGAAUGUCUAGACAGGAAACAGGUGCUACCAUGGCAACCACGACACAUGAUUCACAUGUCACCCUCAACGAGAGAACACUUUUCUAAAGAGUAUGAUCGCUAUGGAGACAGUUACUAUGUCGACACAGAUGCGCAGCAGCUGAGGGAGGUCUUCAGCAGAAUUGGGCCCAAUGAACUGGAAGAAGCAUCUGCAGCUUUAAUAGAGCAGCGGUACGGCUGGGAUGACAUGCCCACCAGCAUGUUUAGGCCUUGCUGUGCCUAUUUUGACAGAUGUGCUGAUAUCAGAGAUCCAAAAAGUUUGGUCGAGGGGACGUGCCUGGACUUUCGGGUUCUGGAGUUUCGGUUUCAUGGAGGAAAAGUGGUAGAGAGGCUUGAAGAAGGCAUCUCACAUGUCGUUGUGGCAGGAGACGAGAGACUUUUGGAACUUAGGACACUGAGACGUGGUUUUAAAAAGAAGUUCAAGAUUGUUCGAGAAUCAUGGGUAACUGAGUCUAUUAAAGCAGGCCACUUACUGAAUGACAAUGAGUACCUUAUGUAAAGGUGGAGGCUACCUAAAGAUUGCAUUGUCCACAUUGUUCUAAAGUAAUAUGUUGAUCAUGUUUGGUUUCUGCUUAGAUUGUUGAAAUUUUAACAUUUUAAAAUGAUUGAGUAGAUGAUAAUUGUAUAUAUAUUAACUUUUUAAGUGUGUAUUUUAUGUUAGAUGUUUUAUGGUAGCAGGAUUGCUAAUAAAAAUGGUUUUAAGUAGCUUAAAAAUGUUUUAAAUAAAGAUCAAUGUAUAAUUAACAUCGA